AUGCCACCCAUUACUCUCGACCCCAGCAUUAUCGACCAGGACCUCACCGGCAAAACCAUCAUCGUGACCGGAGGUUCGAAUGGCAUUGGAGCGGAGACGGUAAGAGUGUUCUACGCCCGGGGUGCCAACGUGGUUAUUGCCGACCUGCCGUCUACAGAAUCUUCUGCGACGAGUCUGCUAAGUUCUCUGGACGAUUCGUCGUCGCGCUCACUCUAUGUCCCGGCCAACAUCGUAAUCUGGGACGAUAUGAAGGCCGUAUACUCCAAGACCAUUGAGCGGUUUGGGUCUGUAGAGAUCGUGGUCGCCAACGCCGGCAUUAUGGAAAGCAGGCCUUUCUUUGACAUGGACAAUCUCGACAAAGAGCCCUCGGAAGCGUAUAAAGUUAUAGAUAUCAAUGUGAAGGGAACGAUGAAUACGCUACGGCUGGGCGUUUAUCAUAUGCGCUCCAACCCCUUCUGCUUCCCCGACUCGUCGCGAGGAUCCAUCGUGCUCGUCUCUUCUACGUCCGGCUAUUUUGGCGGCACAGGCGUCGUGUCGUACGUUUCCUCCAAGCAUGCCGUUACUGGCCUCCUCCGGUCGUCUCAAUCGGUUGCAGAGUCCACCCAUAUCCGUAUCAACGCAGUCGCUCCCUUCUUCACGCCGACCCAUAUCACAGCGGGAUUCUCGGAGAAGUGGAAGGAGAAAGCCCUGCCGGCAAACUCUGUGACUGACGUCGCGAUGGCUAUUUUGCAGACGGCAUUGGAUACGAGCCUCAAGGGAAGAUGCUGCAUGACUGCGGCGUCCCUCGCCAAGUAUGCGACCAUGAGCAAGCGUCCCCACGGCGAGUCGGCGUCGCAACAUGGCUCCAGCCCUGCAAAGGCGGCCGGCGCUCCAGAGGCCGUCAGUAGCAGUAGCAACGGCCUCCCUCCGAUCAAUGAGCUCCUGACUCCGUCGGAGGAGCCUGCGCAGCAGGAAGUUCACGUUAAGAAACCCAGGAACUUCAUUGCAACGGUGGUAAUGACUCCCGUCGGCAACGGCCUGCAUCGGCCAUGCACACGAGCGCAAGUUGUCCAAGUAGGUCGCAUAUUUCCUCCGAAAAGGCUUGCUAUCUACUUGGGCGCUGAUGACGGCUCCAGAAAGGAUCAAUCGUUGAGUAUGAUCAUCAGCACUUUACAUCGAAUUGAGACAAAGCUGGAAAACCUGCCGUCGGCCGUUUCCAGCGACAUGCAGCCGGUGACGAGCCACAUCAUCCAAGCUAUUGAGGCGCUUCGAUACAGUGAUGCGGCGGCCGGCAUGGGAACAUCGUCUCGUGGCUUUUCACAGACUACGACGCCCUCUGUGGUUGGACAUAACGACCUGGAGAUCAGGGAUCAUCGAGAUUCCAUCGAUGCAAAGGGCCAAAUAUCGAUUUCGUUCAGUCAGCACGGAGUCCCCCUCUGGCCUGGCGCUCGCACCAUUCUCCCAGAACGGCUCCUGGCGGCUUACGAUAGGUUAGGGAAGAACUAUGUUAUAGACCUUGAAAUGAAUCGGCCUCCGCUACCGAUGUGGGUGCAUCCAUUUCCGCUGCAGGCGGGAGACAACUGGCUGGAGACACUGCCGUUCUCCGUGGUCAAGGGCCUUUCAGAAGCCUUCUUCGCCACGUUCAACCCUUUUACGCCGAUAAUGGACAAGCGCUUCUUUUUUGCCUUUACUCUCGGGACUGUCAUCGAGGGCGGAUUCGGCUGCAGCAUUGAAACGUGUCUCGUUCUCAACGUUAUGGCCCUGGGAUGUCUCGCUGUCCGAGCUUACCAGGAGGGAGACCUUCCAUUGCCAGGGACUCUAGGUGAUCAUUUUGAGCUGCCAGCCUGGUUGGACGUGAUCGAGGAGGAACCGCCGGGACUGCGUUUCUUCAACGAGGCGCGCAAAAGAAUUGGGUUUUUGAUGUGCGGGAGCGAUCUCCAAAGCUGUCAAUACUAUCUUCUUUCCGCUCGCGAAGUCAACUAUGACGAGUGGGACGGCGAUAUGAAGUCGAGGGUUUUCUGGAACACCGUCAUGUACGAGACGAUCCUCGUGCAGGAACUGGACUUGCCGUCUAGCGGUCUCGCGCGCCUGGAAGACUACGUGCCCAUCCCGAAAUUCAUCGCCUUCAAUCCCGUCGGAUUACCUACCAGUAUAGCCUCUAUAGACAAUCCUGACGAUCAGUUCUUUCAAUACCAUUUUCUCGCGCAGGUUGCGCAUCGAAUUAUCCUGACCCGGAUCAGGAACAGCCUGUAUUUUUUCUCGGAAUCUGGAACCCUACCUCGCCCAGCCGUAAACGCAGAGCUGCACCAUCAAAUCGAGCAAUGGCGCCUCAACCUCCCCCCAGCAAUCCAGUUCUCCGAGCACCCGAGCAAGGCUGCCAGCGACAGCCGCGAACCCGUCGAAUUGGGGCCGGGGACUCCCGUGUCACCGGCCGUCGCGGUCGCCGAAGCCAUGCUUCGGGGGCGAUUCCGGAUCGCCAAAUUCCAUAUCGGCCGGCCGUACCUGUACAAAGCGCUGCGGAUCCCGGGGUCCCUGACCGAAGACGACUUUGAGCAGAUCCGGAGCGGCCUGCAGUACGCGAUGGACUGGCCGAUAGUGCGCGGCAUCUUCCGGCGCAUGAAGAGCUGUAUUCCUAUCAAAUUCGCUUUUUGCUCGCAAUUCUUCGGCCAAAUCCUGCUCUUCUACUGUAUUUCGCAUUCCCCGGAUCCGCGACUGCGCGACACCUUACCUCCGGGCUGGGAGCGCUGGUACGAUGAGAUGAUGCAGUUUCUGGAAGACUGCGCGCCGUACAGCCCGGCUAUUGCGCAGGAUUUGGAGCUCUUGCGGUUGCUGUGA